GUCACAAGAAGCUUGGGAGUUACGGCAUAUUUCUAUGUUGGUGGGGUGUUCUUAUUUUUAUAUGUAUUUAAAGAGAGGCGCGGUCUGUUUAUUUUCUCCCCGUGCUUUUCAGCGCGUGUCACCAUUUUCUCCAAAAACGAGUCGGACUUUAUAGCGCGAGCUUCUCGGGUGCUCCACAGCAAGCGAAUAAUCGGCGCGGUCUUGGGCAUCGUCAUGAUCGUGGCGCUCAUCAUCGCGGUUCCUUUUAUGGUCCAGACAUCUGUGGUUUCCGCGCACUACGAGAUGAUGGGCACCUGCCGGAUGAUCUGUGAUCCAUACAACCCCAAACCGAGCGCCUCGGCGAUGGAGGUGAUGCAAGAUCUGAAUGCCAUCCAACCAUCUUUCGCUCAUGGCAACAGAGGGGAACCGGGCCGGCCAGGCAAACCGGGACCGAGGGGUCCACCUGGCGAACCUGGCCCAAGGGGUCCACCCGGAGACUCCGGCAGACCUGGAUUUACCGGCAUCGCAUCGGGGACGGCGAGGACUGAGACGGAAGAAUUUGGCCCAAGCUUAGGGUACAUGAAAAUCGCCUUUUAUGUAGGUCUCAAGAACCCUCACGAGGGCUACGAGGUGCUGCGGUUUGACGAUGUAGUGACAAACGCUGGAAAUCACUACGACCCUACUACAGGCAAGUUUACGUGCCAAGUGUCCGGGAUUUACUACUUCACCUAUCAUGUGCUGAUGCGCGGAGGGGACGGCACAAGCAUGUGGGCAGAUCUCUGUAAAAACGGACAGGUUCGCGCGAGCGCCAUCGCUCAAGACGCCGAUCAGAACUACGACUACGCGAGCAACAGUGUCGUGCUGCACCUGGACUCUGGCGACGAGAUAUAUGUCAAACUUGACGGCGGAAAAGCGCACGGAGGCAACAACAACAAAUACAGUACAUUUUCCGGUUUCAUUCUGUAUCCAGACUGAAUACUUCUGUUCAAAUGGACUUCUCAUUGAACUCCCCUCUCCGCGCGGGUCGGCCCCUGUCUGUACUGUCUUUGGGAAUAUAAGGAUCAUCCGCACCUUUCAGCGCCUGUGUGAGAGUAUGCUGUCUGAAUUUGUCCCUUUCUGUUUAAAAUAGUGUUUGGCAAACAUACCCAAUUAAAUGAAACAUCAAAAAUUAAGAGUUGUGGACAUGUUGCAGAUAUCAGACCUACAUAUUAUGUCAGUACUGCUCUCUGGGUGUUUGCUCAAACAGUAUGUGUGUCCUUUACAGCUAAAGUACAUUGUCAACAUUUAUGAACAUGAUUUUGAUUGUUGUUUUAAUG